GGUAAGUUUGAGGAUAUUUUUCAGUGUCUAUAAAAACAAAUGAUUGCUUUUAGUAAGGUAUUUAACAUUCAACCUCUAUUUUUCCCUGGUAAUGAAUUCUGUGGCCCAGCAAGCUAAUGUGUUAAAGAGUAUUUGCUGUUAAUUCGCUUGCUUUGCUUCUUAUCUUCUGUCUUUCAGAAUCAGUGACUACUCUUCUUCUGUUCACACACUUAUGGGUCUGGAAAGGACUUGUCAUUGCCUCUGUGAUCCUUGCACUAGGGCAAGGUCAGCUGUAUUGGUCAUCUUGGACAGAGAAAGUCUGUUGUUGCUGUGAGUUUCAUUGCAGCAUUCCUCUGUCUGAUCAUCGUUCGUCUCACCAAUGAAGUAACUUUCCCUUUGAUUCUAAACUGCUUUGGACAAACCAGUGUCAAGUGGAUACCAUUUUCUAACGGCCAACGGCAGCCUCUGAGGACUCACUAUGGAUAUGUAAACGUGAAAACGCAAGAGCCUCUACAACUAGAUUGUGAUCUCUGUGCCAUUGUUUCAAACUCAGGACAGAUGGCUGGCCAGAAGGUGGGAGCUGAGAUAGACAAGUCCUCGUGCAUAUGGAGGAUGAACAAUGCUCCCACAAAGGGCUAUGAGGAGGACGUUGGGAAGCGGACAACCGUAAGAGUGGUCUCUCACACGAGCGUGCCUCUCCUACUCAAGAAUCCCGAGUACUUUUUCAGAGAAACCAACAGCACUGUUUAUGUGAUCUGGGGACCUUUUCGAAACAUGAGGAAGGAUGGAAAUGGCAUUGUGUACAACAUGCUGAAAAAAACUGUUGACAGCUACCCAGCUGCCAAAAUCUAUGUGACAACAGAAAAGCGCAUGAGUUACUGUGAUGCGGUGUUCAAGAAGGAGACAGGAAAAGACCGAGUCCAGUCAGGUUCAUAUCUCAGUACGGGUUGGUUUACCUUAAUUUUGGCUAUGGAUGCCUGCUAUGGAAUUCACGUCUAUGGGAUGAUAAAUGACACCUACUGCAAGUCAGAAGGCUUUCGUAAAGUUCCCUACCACUAUUACGAGCCAGGAAGAGAUGAGUGUGAGGAAUACUUCCUGCAUGAAAAUGCUCCAUAUGGAGGCCAUAGGUUUAUCACGGAAAAGAAAGUAUUUGCUAAAUGGGCCAAGAAACACACAAUAGUAUUUACUCACCCAAACUGGACAGUGUCUUGAUACUGGUUUUCUUAACUCUCCCUUAACAGCAUAAUAUUACAAAAAUGUCUCAGUUUACAAUAAUUUUGCUUACAUCUGGCAGGCCUUUCUCAGCCUAGGUAACACUAAACUAAAAAGCAGAAGACAAAGAGGGUGAUGGUUCAGCUGUUAAGCAAAAUUGAUCAAACUGUGGAAGGCAGACACAUUGCUUGUUAUUUCUUAGGGUUUUACUCCACACAAUGCACUUUAUACUUUAACUGGAUUUUACUUCAGUAGUUAAAGGCGGAUGAGAUUUCCUGUAUAUAGAGGUGCACACAGGGAACACGGUGGUCCUUGAAAACUUGUUCAGUAUCUUAGUUAAUUAAAAUUUGUAUUUGUAACUCAUUUGCAGUAUUGAUAGUAUUGCAGCACUAGUUCCAUUUGCAGUAUGGAGAAUUUUCCACAAAGGAAAUAUGAAGAAAUAUACAGACCUCCAAGGUCUGUUUGUCUUAUCUAUGAGUAAGCAAAUGUUAAGAAACCACCUAAAUACAUUGAUGCAUGUGAGCACUUGCAUAUAUGGUAAAAUUAGAGAUGAGCUAAACAUGGUUCUUGAACUGCACACAACUCUCACUUGAGAAGAUAUUACUUACUCAAAGCUCCUGAUUAAUUCCUACCUUCUAAAAUGCAGCUUCAUUCCACCCUGAUCAGGUCGAACCAUAUUGCAUGGUUUUUGAAGGUGUUGUUCCACAGUUUUUUUUCCAGCAACACUGGACUUAGCAAAGACUGUGUGCUGCAGCCCACACCAAACCUUUGUCUGUCAUAACUAUCCUGCUGUCAGGUUCCACGUGUUAGCGUAAGGUUGGCACAUGAACAUCUCCAGUUGUGCUUUUGAGUUGCUCCAACAUCCAAAUACUAGUAUUUUGACAGUAUUGCCUUUGCAGCCAUAACAAUAAUUCCUCUCUCCACUUCUCCAUCUUUAAAAAUGGGGACAGUAUCUAUCUACCUCACAAGGGAAUUGUGAGGAUUAAUUUAAGUCCAUAAAGCACAUUGCUUAUAAAGAAUGCUACGGAGCGUUUAUUCUUAACACAAAAGCAAUGGUACCUGUCAUUUAUUCUUGUCUGUUGGGUAUUUGAAGAAAGUGAUGGCAUGUCUGGAUAUGAUGGCAGAUUACUCUGUGUGUCCUCAUUCCUACUGAGGAUAAUUUGUAAUACUGAGUUCCCUCAGCUUGCAUUGCUUCAAAUGGAGUUGAAAGAACUCACCACCUCACAGUAUUACCUACACAUCAAGAAGCAGUUCAAGAAUUUUAAAAUAUACUCAUCUCCAGUUGAAAUAUGUAUUUCCAAGCUUAUUCUCAUGGAAAGUUUUCAGCUGCAGCAGACUCAUUCUUAAUAUGACCAUAAUUCAACUAAACAUGUAAGUUUUAUUUAAACUGUAUUUAAAUUAAUGCUUUAAGUUUAGAAUGUGUCCUAAGAAUAUUUUAACAUCUGGAAUGUCAGAUUCUACACUGUAAUAGCCAAUACUGUGAACACUUGAAAGAGUUAUGUGUGGAACAUGACACACAGGGUUUACUCAUGCUACUUUAACAUUAAACAAAAGGAAACUUUGUAUGCUUUUGUAAAUCAUAAAAAGGGGAAGUAAAAAAAGAUAUUUUUACAUGUAAGUAUUUGUGUACUAUUUCCUAUUGUAUAUUUGUACAUAUAAAUCUAUAUUUUAUAUGUUCAUAGCAUAUAUAUAUAUUCUCAUCAGCAGCUGCAACUCUUUUAGGAUGGGGACAAAAACUCUUUACCAGUGUUACUCCUCCUGAUCAUUGGUUUCCUGUUCCUGUUGGUAGGUGAUACUAGGGUAUAAUCUCUCUUGCCCUUUGUAUUUUCUACUGUAAAUGCAGCGCUCUGAUUUUAUUUUUAAUAUAGCUCAGCUUUCACUGCUUACUUUAGUGCUGGUUGUUAGACAAAGGCUGGGGCCAUUCCUAUGAUCAUGGAUGAAUACCUAUAUUGAAAUACAGGCUCUGUUCCACAUUCGUGUGACUUGAUAUCUCACCUUCCUGCUUGGAAAAAAGAGAACAAUAACACUCCCUACACUUUCCUACUCCCUAUCUUGACUGACUUUCUUUUAAGCUCUCGAGACAGAUAUUCUCAUUUGCAAUGUAUUCGUAUAGUGUCUUGCAGAAGAGGUGCCCAACAUAUCCGAAGGCUACAGGCAAUGCUGUAAUAUACAAACAAUAUUUUUAAAGUGGCUGUUUCUUGUUGCUGGAGUUAACAAUCAAUCGUAGGCUAAUACAGCAUGGGAUGAAAUCCAGAGGGGAAAGGGUCAUGGAUGCAUGAAGGGUUGUAGUAGCAAAAGACAGUGAGCUAGAUUUAUUGCUAUAUGCAUAUUCAUCUUUUCAGUUCAGAUGGAUGGCUAGAUAGACAGAAAGCUAAUAAAGAAAUUGUAAUGAAGGAUUUGAAGAAUGCAGGGCACACAGAACAAGGGACAAUGUUCCACGUAUUUUGUACAGGGAAACAUAGGAGAACCUAUAGCUCCCCUGUGAGAAGAGGAGGUGAAAAAGAGAAUAUCAGUUGAAUUGAUCUUGUGUUUAGAAGGUAUUUGGGUUAAGAGAAAGUUACGAUGAAAGUGCUGCACACAGAAGUGUAGUUGGGCUUGGACCCAUGAGAAGUGUUCUCACAAAGCAUAGACUUUAUCCCAGCAAGCACAGCAUAAGGAUUCUGCCUGAGUUGUUUUUGCAUGCAAGACCAUUUCUAAGCCUGAGAAAUUUUUUCAAGAUAAUUAAGGCUUGCCAAACUACCAUGAAUGUGUUGUAAAAUAUGUGCUUCAUCCUGCAGCUUUUUGUAGAGUGCUUGCAUGCUGUAUGAAACAAUAUCUCAUGCUAUGGCUAGCUAAGAAAUAUAUAUCUCUAAGAACAGCUAAAUGUACAGCAAAAAUGAGAAUGUCACUAAGAGUGCAGUUGUCACAGAGCAAAAGUAAAAGUGUUGCUCUCUGUUUGUAGAGGGGCUUGGAUUUGCAGUGAGAGGAGAUCCACUUUUAGAAACAUUGCAGCAGACUUCAUUCACAGUAGAGUAAAUGAACAUCAGUUCCCUUAUUUAAAUGAGACUGUCUUUAGCAUAAACUAAACAUAUUUGCAUGAUUUUUAUUAUAUGAGUAAGGAACUGUGACCGCUGUGUUAAAGAUGAUUCUACAAAGAAAUGACUUUGUAGGAAUUUGUUAAAAAUCAGCAUUGUGGUACUGAAGAAAAAAAAUUCAGCGCUUGGCUGUGCAGUAAGAAACCUUGAUGAUUCACCUUCUGAAAGCAGUUAAGACAUCAGCUGAGAACCAUUUAUUAAUUCUUUGAAAUAAAGCCUACUACAGUUUACCUGAAUGUAAUCAGAUCCUAAUUGCUUAUUCAUUCAGGCAGCCCUAUUUUAAUCAACUAGUUAUGUGUAUAAAACAAGCAGGGAGUUUACCUUGGAUAUUCAAAAUAGAUCUUCCCAUUGCUGCUAAUAGAGGGAUACUUACAAAUAAUUCGACUUUUUUUUCCCCCAUCAGUCAGCUAAGUAGUCAUCAAAUAUUUCUUUUGUAAUUUAGUUGGUUGUUGAAAGGACGCUUUUAAAAAUAUACAUUUUUGGCUUGCCAUAGCCUUAGUUUUAUUAAAAGUUUAAAUUUUAAUAUACUUUCUGUUGCAGUACCUUCUGAUUUAUUUUUUUCCAGAAAAAAAGAGGUCUUAAAUAAGAGCAGAAUUUUUCUAAAUCUUUUUGACUAGCUAAUUACCAAUUCACAGUUAAUUAACUGAAUAAUGAAAAAAAUGAUUUUUGUUUUCCAAACAGAUACAGCGGACAUGAUCCCAACCUUCUCAUCCCCCCAGAUGUCCAGAUCACUUCCCUCUUAUAGCAUGGCCUCUUCACAGAAACAAAACAGUAGUCUAUGUAUCCAGCCAAAUUCCCUUCCCAUCUGAGCUGGGAGGCUCCAUCUGCAGACUGCUUUUAUCAGUUACAGCAGUAAGCAGGAAGGACUGAGGAAAAGUUCUACUGAGGAGCAGAUGGUGUUCCAACUUCUAAAAAAUGUCCCUAAAAUGUUUCAGGAGUGGAGUACCCAUUGAUCUCUCCUGCGAUACUCUGUUUCUUAGAGCGUCUUUAGCUCCUAUCUAGAUAAGUUGUUCCACUCCCCACUGCCGAUUACCAGUGAAGAGAAAAUGUCCUUUGCAGGGAAAGGCAGAGGUAAAUUCCGUGUUGUCAAAGAUGUCUGUAUAAGCAACACCAGGGAGGAAGAAGUCAGCCUGGCAUGGCUUGAAUCAUGUGUAGAAGACCCACUUCUACAGACCUAGGAAUCUCUCAAUUCAAAAGUAAUGGAAAUCAGUUUGGCAAGUUCAGACCGUGAGUAGAGCAACCAUCCCAGUAAAAUUUCUGCACUCCAGGGUACUGAGGUAAGCAGUGUUUUGUCUGAGAAGCACCACAUGCACAUAAUGUGUUGCAUAGUUGAUGAUGUUAAAGAGGAGCCCAUCCAACACAAGGAGGGCUGAUGCAGGCAGUGCUCAGUCACCUGAUAACGGGCCAGACAAAAGUAGGGCCCCACACAAAGAAAGCUGACAGCAGAAUACAAAUGCUCAACCAGAGGACAUGUCCAGGUAAGUAAAAAUUAAAUAAGUAAUCACUCAUGAAUUAUAACUGGAUAGUGUCCUUAGCAAGUAGAAAAUCAGAAGCACUUCACAAAUUAAUGCUUAAAUGUUGCUGACAAUAUUUUUCUGCAUGUAUCAUAGAGUACAUGUUGUUAGUGGUGCUUGAGCAAGUCUGAGGCUUGUUUACCUUAGGGGUAGCCUUAGGAGGGAAACUUGGUGUCAGUGCCAAAGGAUCACACAGGAGCUGUCUGGGGGCAUUGCUAUGUCCCACAUACAUCAGAGAAUCAUGUAUUUACUAAAAAGGCCUGUUUCUCCUGACUAGGCAUAGUUAGCUCUUUUGAGCAGAAAGUGUUUCAUUUUCAGCAGAUGUGUCUCAUUCUGUUCCUUCUUUCCUGGGAGGAUGCAGAGGAAUGUGACUUAACCAUGGGGGAGUGAAGAAUGAUAUGGUGAAUAAAUAGCCAACUACCAGGCUCAUAUAUAUUUCUCUGUCUGUUGUUGUGACAUAUAGCUAAUGACACAGAAAAAAAAAAAAAAAGCUUUUUGUAAGCUUUGUAUUGCAUAACCCACGAAAGUCUCAUGUGUGUGGUCUGCACUGGAGUCUCAGGCAACACCUUCAGAAAGAGGCUGAAGGAGAAAGUGGCAGUCUCUCCCCAGUGAAAGACAAGGCUUCUGUGUAAUGUGUGGCAUCCCGGGACCCAAUCCCCCAGCUUUUGUAGGUUCAUGCAGCCUCAGCUUUGGGUCCUUUCCAGCCCCGUUGAAUGACAUGCAUUCUCCAGCUGGCUUACACAGCCCCUGAGCUGCACAAAGUCUGCCCCGUUCCCCCCUUCUGUGGGGCCAGGGGACUGCUGAUGCUGCACCAGGGCUGAGGAGCAACAGGCAGGGACACUGUCAAAUCAGCAGAGUGACCUCACUUGGGGCACAGUCUCACCUCAAGUGCUGAACAGUUUCUUUGAAUGAGGUGGGAAAGAGAUCACUGGGGUUUGGUUAUUUAUUUAUUUUUUUUAAGGUUAGAUCACAAAGAAUCACCAUUUUAUGGGUGUCUAAAACAGCUGAUUUUGCAUCUUUUUUUUUGUAUUGCUUGCUGCUAUUUCUGGGAAUUCAUGAAGAUAUGCAGCUGUCAGCAUCUGCCACUGCUGUCCUGAUUUACUGGCCAUAAAGAGAUUGUAAACUUGAACUAAUGCAUGUUCUAACCAUGUAUUAUGCAUGAUAGCAUGUAAUAUAUUUUAUUCUAACACUGUAAUAAAGUAAGUUCUGUGUAGACGUAGUUUAAGUAGCAGACGUAGUGCUUUUUCUUUCUCUCAUAUCAUGUUUUGUUCAGAGCACUUUGCUGGAGCUCUGUGAGUGCCAUUAGCAGCUGGCAGCAUAUAAAUUGUUGAAGCCAGUCAGGAAAUAUUUACUAAACUUGAUAUUUUUCAUUAGAAUAUCAGAAAUAGUUAAACUUGCUUUUGUGAACCUACUGUAGUGCUCACAGUCACAAUUUUGUGUCCCGUUAUAAGGAAAACUUCACAUCUAAGUGUAAGGGAAUGACUUCAUUGACACAGCUAGUGUCGAGAUGCUGGCAGGGCAGCAAGCACAAGUUUUGAUAUCUGUGGCAUCUCUUUAAUGGGAAUUGCACAUGUAGAAGAGUAGCUAAGAUGCCAGCAGCUUUUUCAUAUUGUUGCUGCUGAAAAUAGUAUUUCUGAGGAUGGCUGGAGCAAAAAAUUGGGUGCUCACUGCUCUUUUGGCUGUUAAUCUGUCCCCUCCUCACACACAGACUCUCACACACAUCUGCAAAUAUGAAGAGUGCCUACAGGGAAAGCCUUUUUUUCCAGAUAGUGGCAAGUCAGAACAAAGAAGACUAAUCUCUUAUGUGGCAAACAUAGGCUGUAGUACUUGUUGAUUCAUGUUUGUUCUGUAUGUUUUUGAAGCCUGUGUCUACAUUAGUGAGAAAUGAGCUCAGCUGGAUCAGCUCUGUAGCCUGAAACUGUUAGUGCUAAGUACUUGAUAACCACACCAUACACAGCCUCUAGUUUGGUCCCAUGGGCUGAAUGCCACAUCUUUUAGUUUUAUCAGAAAGGAAUCAAGUCCGUGUCCUGAGGAACGCUCCAUAAUGCAAAACAAACCUUGUUAAAUGGGGCUACUAUAAUGGUCUGCCCCAUAGGAAAGUGAAAUUUCUAUUAGCCCGUCUUUUGGAUAAAUAGAAGCCCUUUGGGUUUUAUUUAUUUAUUUAUUUUUCCCCAGUCUUCCCAUGAGUUCCCUCUUUUCAUGGGUAUUUUUCUUUCACAUAUGAGAUCUGGUCCCUUCUGUCAGGUUAUGGGAGAUGAAAGCUCCUGACUCCUCCUAAAAUAGCAUCCAAAUGUGGUAUAGGACCAUGUAAUCCAGUAUGGGUGCAACAUGGAAAGUUUGAUGAAGAGAUAAUUGUGAUUCCACUUGUGGAUGUGGUUUUAGCAUAAACAUGUUGAAUGCUUGCUAAUGUAUCCAUUGUUUUUUAUAUACAGCACCCCAUUCAAAAUUCCCUUCAUCAUUUUUCCAGGAUAUUUUUUGUUGUUGUGGCCUUCCAGUUAUAUCUGUAUAUGUGUGCACAUGUGCGUGUAUAUACAGUAUAGAAUCCUUCUUCUGUUCUUACACAGUUGCUACUAUAUGCUUCUAACAAAAUGAUGUAGAAAGUUCAUGUUAUGCUACUUAUUACAUGUAUUCUUUGGUUGCCUUUUUGUAGUGCUGAACAGUGUAUUCAUAGUAGACAUCAUUGUAGACUUUGAAAACUUUCAUGCAAUUUAUUUUAGAUGUUUUGCCAUGUGCUAUAUGCUACUUAGUUUUUGCUCUCAUUUGGAGAAUGUGCUUCUAUGUACUUGCUAAAUUGUGCCUGGGAUAUUUUAAAAUAUGAAUAAAUGUAUACAAUUUUCCAAUA